CCACAGGGGUUUGUGGGGUCAGGGAGAGCCAUUCCUGGGGUCAGCCCCUUGUCCUGGCAGGGCCUUGGUGGUGCUGUGCCAGCGACUCCCAGAGGAGCCGUUCUGGUGGCUGCUCCCAGUCCCAGGUCCCUCCCAUGGCAGGUAGUCCUGGAGGAGCUGUUCUGGUGGCCAGUCCUGGUCCUAAAUCCAUCCCAUGCCGGGGACUCCCAGAGGAACCAUUCUGGUGGCCAGUCCUUGUCCUAGAUCCAUCCCAUUCCAGGGACUCCCAGAGGAACCAUUCUGGUGGCCAGUCCUGGUCCUAGAUCCAUCCUAUGCCAGGGACUCCCAGAGGAACCAUUCUGGUGGCUGCUCCCAGGUUCCUCCUGUGCUGGGGACUCCCAGAGGAACCAUUCUGGUGGCCAGUCCCAGAUCCAUCCCAUGCCAGGGACUCCCAUAGGAGCCGUUCUGGUGGCCAGUCCCAGUCCCAUCGCAUUCCAGGGAUUCCUGGAGGAGCUGUUCUGGUGGCCAGUCCCAGGUCCACCCCAUGCCAGGGAUUCCCGGAGGAGCCAUUCUGGUGGCCAGUCCCAGUCCCAGCUCCCUGUCAUGCUGGGGGUUUCUGGAGGAGCCAUUCCAGUGCUGUCCCAGCCAUUGUUGGGCAGAGCCAGGAUUUCCCCUUUCCGUCGGAUCGGGAAACCCGCGGCUGCUCCGACGGCUUUCUAGGCACGGCUCCCGGAGCAGGGAGGGACCCCUGGGGUGCUGGUCCCUGUCACCCUGAGCUUGCUGGAUGUGGCAUGAAGGUCACUCAAGUUGUCCCUCAAUCCCAAUCUCUGGGAUCUCUGGGUUGCCUUUAGGAAUUUAUUCCUCCAUCCCAAGGUGUGAAGGGUUGGUUUCCCCAAGGAUUGAGCCCUGAAAACCCGGAAAAGGGGGAACAAGAGCUCCCAGGGUGUGAAGGGCUGGUUUCUCUGAGGUUUGAGUCCCAAAAACCCAGAGAACCAGAACCAGAGCUCCCAGGGUGUGAAGGGCUGGUUUUUCUGAGGUUUGAGCCCCAAAAACCCAGAGAACCAGAACCAGAGCUCCCAGGGUGUGAAGGGCUGGUUUUUCCAAGGUUUGAGCCCCAAAAACCCAGAGAACCAGAACCAGAGCUCCCAGGGUGUGAAGGGUUGGUUUUUCCAAGGUUUGAGCCCCAAAAAUCUGGAGAACUGGAAACAAGAGCUUCCAGGGUGUGAAGGGUUGUUUUUCCCCCAAGAAUUGAGCCCCAAAAACCUGGAAAAGCAGGAACCAGAGCUCCCAGGGUGUGAAGGGUUGCUUUUUCCAAGGUUUGAGCCCCAAAAACCUGGAGAACCUGCAACAAGAGCUCAGCUUUGCCCAUGGCGAACCCCAGGGAUGCUGUCCUUGCGCUGUGGGGCACCCCAGUGUGGCACCAGGCUGGGAGAGAGGUGCCCACGCUGGGGGUGGCCGUGGUGACGUCCCUGCUGUCCCCAGGAUGUCCAUGAGGAGCCCCAUCUCUCCACCCCCGGAGCUGGAUGGAGCGGGCACCAUGGUGAACUGCGCCGUCAAGAGCGAGGAGAAGAAGGAGGGCGGCCCCGAGACCCCUCCGGGGGCUGCCCCCAGCGCUGAGCCCCGGCCCCACGACCCCCCAGGGCCACCUCCCAGGGAUGGCACCGACCCCCAGGCCCUGCCACAGGAGUCCCGCUCUCCCUCUGGGGAUGUCCCCGAGCCCCGGCGCUCCGCCUUCGAGCCGGCCGGGAGUGGCCAGGAGAAGUUGGACUUCAACAGGAACCUGAAGGAAGUGAUGCCAACCAUCGAGAAGCUGCUGGCCAGUGACUGGAAGGAGCGGCUGCUGGGCCGGAGCACGGCUGAAUCCAAGGAAGUGAAAGGAACGCAGGAGAGCCUGGCAGAGAAGGAGCUGCAGCUGCUGGUGAUGAUCAACCAGCUGUCCACGCUGCGGGACCAGCUGCUGACGGCGCACUCGGAGCAGAAGAACAUGGCCACCAUGCUCUUCGAGAAGCAGCAGCAGCAGAUGGAGCUGGCACGCCAGCAGCAGGAGCAGAUCGCCAAGCAGCAGCAGCAGCUCAUCCAGCAGCAGCACAAGAUCAACCUCCUCCAGCAGCAGAUCCAGCAGGUCAACAUGCCCUAUGUGAUGAUCCCCGCCUUCACCCCCGGCCACCAGCCCCUCCCGGUCACCCCCGAGUCCCAGCUGGCACUGCCCAUCCAGCCCAUCCCCUGCAAACCAGUGGAUUACCCGGUGCAGCUCCUGCACAGCCCCCCUCCUGCCACGCUGAAGAGACCCGCGGGCCCGGGCCACCUCCAGAUGCAGGAGACCUCGCAGCCGCUGAACCUGACGGCCAAACCCAAAGGCUCCGAGCUGCCCAGUGCCUCCAGUUCUCCCAGUUUGAAGCUGAGCGGAUGCCAGGCCCUGACGCCGAGCCACGGGGCCAGCAGGGAGCUGCAGAGCAGCCCCUCCAACCUCCCGCUGGGAUUCCUGGGAGAGGGCGAUGCCAUCACCAAAGCCAUCCACGACGCGCGGCAGCUGCUGCACGGCCACGGCGCCGCCAUGGAGGGGUCACUGAGCAGCCCCUACCGCAAGGAGCCCGUCGGGAUCGACUCCUCCCCGGUGAAGGAGCGGAUGGAGGAGACCCCCGGCCACCGGCUGGACGAGGCCCUGCUGAGCUGCGAGAUGGACGGCUCCCGGCACUUCCCGGAGUCCAGGAACAACAACCACAUCAAGCGGCCCAUGAACGCCUUCAUGGUGUGGGCCAAGGACGAGCGCAGGAAGAUCCUGCAGGCCUUCCCAGACAUGCACAACUCCAGCAUCAGCAAGAUCCUGGGAUCCCGCUGGAAAUCCAUGUCCAACCAGGAGAAGCAACCCUACUACGAGGAGCAGGCGCGGCUGAGCCGGCAGCACCUGGAGAAGUACCCGGACUACAAAUACAAACCGCGGCCCAAGCGCACCUGCAUCGUGGAGGGCAAGAGGCUGCGCGUGGGCGAGUACAAGGCGCUGAUGAGGAACCGGCGCCAGGACGCCAGGCAGGGCUACUUGAUAGGGCCGCAGGGCAGCCAGGUGCCCCCCAGCUCCUCGGACGUGCUGUACCCACGGCCGGUGGGCGUGCAGCUGCCCCCGCCCCUCCUGGAGCAUUACCUGCCCCGCGGCGUGGACCCCACCAUGCCCGUCAUCGUCAACACCCGCAGCCUCAAGGACGGCGACGCCGGGGACGACGGGCACUCGGUGCCCGAGGGGGACAUGUACCGCUACAGCGAGGACGAGGACUCGGAGGGCGAGGACAAGAGUGACGGCGAGCUGGUGGUGCUGACGGACUGAGGGGCACAGGGGGUGGCAGGGCUGGCUGUCACCACGAGGCGUGUCCCGGCGGGGUGGCACUCGGCCACAGGGGAGCUGCCCACUUGUAGAAGGGUCCCACCAGGGUGGGCACCUGGGAUUUUGGGUGGCAAGGACUGGCUUGGCCUUGCUUUGGUGGCACGUGGAGCUGAGGUCAGCCAGGCUGGCGAUUUGGUGGCGCUGUGGCUGCGGCGCUGUCACCCCUGAGGGGACCUGAGGCUGUCGAGCUGCAGGGAACCUCCAGAGCAUCUCCAGUCCUGCAGCACCUGCAGGUCCUGGAGAGCCUCACCUGCUGCGCUGCUGGGCACGGCGUGGGGACACAGAACAGGGACAUGGGAUGGGGACACAGGACAGGGACAUGGGAUGGGGACACAGGACAGGGACACACUGGUCCCUCCCCUAUCCUGGUGUGACCUCCCCUCCGCACUUCCCGCUCGCUCUUUGGCGCCUGCCAGCGAAUUCCCACCGAGCCAAUUUUAGCUCCAGCCUGGCCCCGGCCCCAGCCAGAGGCUCCUCGGGGCCCUUUGUGCUGCCGGCAGCUCUGGCCCACUUAGGGAAUAAAGAGGGGGCUGUUCCUGCCCUGCCAGGCGCCCCUCGGGCGGGAUGUGCCCGCCUGGCCCUGGGCACCUGGCUCUGCAGGCCGGGCUGCACCUGAGCCCUGCGGGGUGAGAGGGAGGGAGGAGGAAGGAGCGGCUGUGAGGGGAAAGGAGUGAUCAGGAAAAAUGAGUUUGGUGUGGUCAGAGCCUGUUCCAGGGGCUGGGCAGGGCAGAGUCCAGGUGAGAGCUCAAGGUGUCCAGGUGUGUGUGCCGUGUCCAGGUGUGUGGCAGUGCCCAGGUGUGUGUGUGUGGUGUCCAGGUGAGUGUGCAGUGUCCCUCUGUUUGUGCAGUGCCCAGGUGUGUCUGUGGCAGUGCCCAGGUGUGUGUGCCAUGCCCAGGUGUGUGUGCCAUGCCCAGGUGUGUCUGUGGCAGUGCCCAGGUGUGUGUGCCAUGCCCAGGUGUGUGUGCCAUGCCCAGGUGUGUCUGUGGCAGUGCCCAGGUGUGUGUGCCAUGCCCAGGUGUGUGUGCCGCGUCCCCCUGUGCUCAGCCGCUCUCUCCCCGGCCGUGUCCCCGCUGUCCCUCCGUGCGCGGGGCUCUGGCACCUCCGUGUGGCAGAGCCGGGAACAGCCCCGAGCGCGGGGACAGCGACAGCGCUGGGGACAGUGCGAGGACAGGGACACUGCGGGGACUGCCACUGUGCUGGGGACACCGCGUGAACUGUCACCACGUUGGGGACACUGCAGGAGCCGCGGCCACCUGGGCUCGAGGCUGCACAAGGUGGGCACCAGCCUCUGUCCCCUUGUCCCUCUGUCCCCAAGCCGGGCUGAGGAUCCAAAUCUCAGCAGCACCAGCAUUCCAAUGCUGGGGACACUGCCCCAGUGACACUGCCAUGGGGACACUGCCGUGGGGACAUCCUUUAUCCCAGGGGACAUCCCUCCAGCCCCUCCCCUGCCCUUUGUCAGUGCUUUAUUUAUUCCCAACUCCCUGGGGAGGGACAGGGGUCCCUGGGGAUGGAAAGGGGUCCCCAGUGAGGGACAGGGGUCCCUGGGAAGGACAGGGGUCCCUGGGGAGGGGUCCCAGCUCCAGGGCUGGGCCAGGCUGUGCUGCAGAGGGACUGGAAGCAGAUGUGUCCCCUCCCCACAGCUGCAGCUCUUCCUGUGUCUCUCUUCCAUUUCUUUUCCUUUUGUUGUUGUUUCAUUUUGUUUUUUAAAGACUGUAAAUAUAGAUAGAGCUUUAUUUUGUUAAUAAGACCACGAGUAACUUAACCUGUAUAUUUCACAUCCCUGUUUACAAUCCUUCCUCCCCCUGGCCCUUGGCACAAUAAAAGUGACUUUUUGGAGCAGAGAGGGG